AUGGCCGGGACUUACCGAAGAGACUUUCCCGGGGGCCCGCUGGAACUGGCUGGUUUCCAGAAUGGAGGAGCCACUGUCAAUGGAGAUGUCUUUCAGGAGUCCAAUGGCCCCACGGAUGCCUACGCAGCCAUAGCCAAGGCUGACCGGCUGACCCAGGAACCUGAGAGCAUCCGCAAGUGGAGGGAGGAGCAGAAGAAGCGUCUGGAGGAGCUGGAUGCGGCAUCAAAGGUGACUGAGCAGGAAUGGCGUGAGAAAGCCAAGAAGGACCUGGAGGAGUGGAACCUGCGUCAGAAUGAGCAGAUGGAGAAGAACCGGGCAAACAACAGGAUCGCUGACAAAGCCUUUUACCAGCAGCCGGACGCCGAUGUGAUUGGCUAUGUGGCCUCGGAGGAAGCAUUCCUGAAGGAGUCCAAGGAGGAAAGCCCAGGCUCCGAGUGGGAGAAGGUGGCCCAGCUCUGUGAUUUCAACCCCAAGAGCAGCAAGCAGAGCAAGGAUGUCUCGCGGAUGCGCUCGGUGCUCAUCUCCCUCAAACAGACGCCCCUGUCCCGCUAGCUGCCGCCUGGCACAGCUGGGAGCGCGGUGGGGCAAGGCCAGGCCCACCGAGCCGGGCGGCUUCAUGGGGUCAGGCGAGGAGGGGCCUCACCCUGCCUGCUCGCUGCUCCCUGGUGCGCGCCUUGGCUGUGCUCAAGUCACUGGUUGUAACUCUCCCCAUGGUUUUCCUUUGCUUAAAAGGUGCAUCGGUUUCCUUUUACACUUAUUUAUUACGGUGGCAUUUCCCUGGGAAGCAACACUGGGUGGCAGAGCUGAGUUAGUGGGGGAGCCUCCGGCCAGGUUGUGCCCAGCGGCCUGGCUGACUGAGAGGGGGAACACCCCACCCCGUGUUCCCCACCUCACCCCUAUGCUGGGAAUAAACCUGCCUGCGGCUGUCCUGGCACUGGGCAGCUGCAGGCAUGGCAGCCCCGUGUUUGGGCCUGGGUCCUAGCCCCAAGGCAGCGAUCUUAGUGGGACCCUGGGCUGCCAUAUGCCUUUCCCGUGCAGAGCUGGUGCAGGGCUGGGAGGGUGGAAAACAGCCCUGUCUCAGCUCCGCACUGCCCAGCACUGCCAGGAGCAUGGCUGCAGCGGGAUGCUCUGGGCUAGCAGGGGCUGAGGAAUGUCAGUGCAGGCACCCAGGCUGGGCCAGGACUACCAGCAGUUGCCCUAAGCCUAGCAGAACUCUCCACAGCCUGGCUGUGCACACCAAAAAGUGGGGCUGUGAGCAGCAGUUGCAGUGUGAGUGUCCCCCAUCCAUCCGGUGGGGCUGCUGGUGCCAGGCAGCACAGUGCUGCAGGGCACUGGGAAGGGGACACAGGAUGAGUGUGCAGGAUGUUUUCUCUGCUUUCACCCGGACCAUCAGCAGUUGGGAAUGGGGGGUGCCAGCCUUCAGGGGCCCUUGGCUCUGCUCUGCUCCUUCCCCUCCUACUAGGAUGGGAGAUGGAGGCUGUGUGGUUGCAGGGGUAGGAAGGUCCAGCUGCUGUGGGGCAAGUUGAGCCCCAAGCUCCCUAACCUAGGGGCCCAGAGCAGGAUUGGGCAGUGUUCUAGUGCUGGGGCUUGUGCUGUCCUUGGAGAACAACCCACACAUCUGUCUGCAGCUGCUCUGCGGCUUUUCUCAGUCCUCUGCUGGACACGCCUAAGGCAGCAUGGCAAGAUGCCUCAGCCCUGCUCCCCACCCCACAAAGCACAUGCUUUCCAGCCCAAACACUGGCUUUCUCCUCUGCUUGGCAGGGCCAGCACCAGCCCUGGAAACCUACAAAACUCUUGGCUAGCAGGAGAGGGGCAGGCCUCUGCACACCCUGCUGUGGGCAACCUUGAGCCUGUGCCCAGGGUCUGGCCCUUCGGGGCUUGGGAAGGGCUUGCAGUAGCAGGCUGGGAGGACAUGGAGCAGAGCCCACAAAACGUUUGCCUAAGCCUCACUGCAGAGCCCUGUUCAGUCAAAAAGCAAGUAUGCAGCUCUCCUGCCCUGCAGCUACAGCUCCACAGGUCAGGAGGGUCACCUGCCCUGCUGCUGCAGCCCUUGUGGGGUGACCAGACAUCCUGGCUCUGGGGCACUGGCUCAGCAGCGGGCUGGGAAGGGAAAUGGGUGUGUAGGGAGUCACUGGGUGGUGUGUGCUGGGAUUGUGCCCCCGUGUCCACAGGGGUGAUUGCUCCUACUCUGUCCCCCUGCGCUCCAGCAUGCGUAGGCAGCUCUGCUGCGGUGCAGGAUGGACACGGAUGCAGGAUGAUACCUCGGGACUCACCUGCCUGCCUCUGCCUUUUGCUGCAGCGCAGCAGGAAGCACCUCUGGCUGCUUCCCAGGGGUGGUGAGCCCCCCUGCACUCUGUCCUUCCAGCCCCUGCAGGCAGCUGGGCCCCUGGGCCCCCGCAGCUGCUGUGUCCCCCCAUGUCAGGCAGGGGCAACCAGCUCCCGGGGAGCCGUGCCCACAGCUGUUCUACAUCCCCUCGGCUUUGGUAUCUGUGACUGUUCAAAUUACCUGUUACAAUAAACCGACAUCACCAAUCCUA